GAAUCAAUUACAAUGGAAAAUGAAUUUGACAUAUUAAAUGGAACAGAUGAAUUUCCAUAUCCUACAUCUAUAGUACGAACUGAUUUUAAAAAUUUCGAUGAUGAAGAAAUUGACGAAUUUUUGUACAAGAAUCAUCGAUUUACAUCCAUGGAUGUAUUGAUUAAAGAAUUAUCUGAUUUAUCCAAGAAUCUAAACCAGACAUUAUUAGAUUUGGUCAAUAAUGAUUAUCAUGAUUUCAUCAAGUUGGGUAAGUCAAUCAACGGAGGUCUUGACCUAAUUAAUAUCAUAUCUGGGGAUUUAAAAGGGUUUAAAUUGGAGUUAAUUAGUUAUAAGAAUAAGUUCAAUACGGGAUAUAAAUCAAUAAAUAAUUUGCUUGUCAAGCGACAGAAGCUCAUUGAAUUGAAAACUAGUGGGAAGCUAUGUUUGUUGUUACAUGAUCAAGCAAUUGAAUUUGACAACUGUAUUGAAGAAAAGAAUAGCGAUUUAAGCACUCAAUUAAAAAAGUUAACCAGUUUGUAUUUGUCAAUUAUAAAUAUAUCCCAGUUUCUAGAGAAACGAGAGUUACCAAAUCAAUUUCAAAAUUCAUAUUUAGCCAACAAGAUUUCUUCCUUGAAAUUUGAAUACAAGAGUUAUUUGGAUCAAGUUACACAACGGGAGAUUCACAGAAAGAAAGAUAAGAACCCAGCAUUAGUAUUGGAGUUGCUAAACAUUCAUAAGAUGAUUGGACAAGAAUCUGACAUUUUAAAUAUACUCCAUAAGUAGAAGCUGUUAGCGCUUAUGUAUAAUAGAGAUUCAUAUUAGUACUAUAUCAGCUAGUGCUGACAUUUACACAGUCAGUUGAAAUUUGUAUGUAGAGUACUAUUUGC